GCUAGUGUUCAUUAGGGGCGGGUGUUCCGCUCAAGCCAAGGGUUAGGUUGAUUCGCAAUUGAUCACUUGGAAAACGGGGUUGUGGGGGAGGCAGAUUUUCCUGGUGUGAGAUGUGUUUUGUGCGUGUCCAUUCUGAAUGCACAGCAGAGAUUGAUCGGAGCACCGAGACGAGGAACUACGGGAUACUGCCAAUACCAAGCCAAGGCAAAUCCUUAAAAAACAUAAACAAACUAACGCCCACGCAGUUGACUAAGCAAGGACUGCUACUGAUUGGACUUUUCGAACCAGUUUUGUUUUGCCCAUUGCUUCGCCAGUAAACUCGUAGUUUUCUAUCACGCGCUCAGUUUUUGAUGCAAUUGCUCGUCAGAGGCGUCGGAAGCGCAGUGGAAAGAAGGAGAUCAGAGGCCCGAUUUCCCGGCAUCGCCGCAGGUCCACCUCUGUUUCUCCCGUGGAGUAUUUGAGCCACUCACUACCGCAACCUGGAUGGAUGGGUAUGGGGAAAGCAGGAUUUUACUACCCCGGGGCUGACCGCCUCCUCCAUCCCCCUCCACUUCUAUCUCUCCUCGUAUUGAUCACUUUCUCAUCCAGGGUCCAAAUAGGGGUGUGCCAGGUCCAGACCCCGCAGUGCCGAAUCCAGAAGUGCACCACCGACUUUGUGUCCCUCACCUCCCACCUGAACCCGUCCCUGGAUGGCUUUGACACCGAGUUCUGCAAGGCUCUCCGGGCCUACUCCGCCUGCACCCAGCGCACCGCCAAGAGCUGCCGCGGCAACCUGGUCUUCCACUCGGCCGUGCUGGGCAUCAGCGACCUCAUGACCCAGCGGAACUGCUCCAAGGACGGGCCCACGUCCUCCACCCACCCGGAGGCCACGGUGGAGCCCUGCAACUACCACAGCCGCCACCACGGGCCGCACGCGGCGGGCGGGGAGCGCGCUCGCCCCGCCUACCUCUUCUGCGGCCUGUUCGGGGACCCCCACCUCAGGACUUUCAAGGACCACUUUCAGACCUGCAAGGUGGAGGGGGCGUGGCCCCUCAUCGACAACAACUACCUGUCGGUGCAGGUGACCAACGUGCCCGUGGUGCCUGGGUCCAGCGCCACGGCAACCAACAAGAUCACUAUCAUCUUCAAGCCGUACCAGGAGUGCACCGAGCAGAAGGUGUACCAGGCGGUGACGGACGACCUCCCGGCGGCGUUCGUGGACGGGACGGUGAGCGGCGGCGACAGCGAGGCCCGCAGCCUGUGGGUGGCGGAGAAGGCGGCCGGGCGGCACGUGGAGAUCCACGCCGGCUACAUCGGCGUGACGGUGAUCGUGCGCCAGCAGGGCCGCUACCUGACGCUGGCCGUGCGCGUGCCCGAGGAGCUGGCGGCGGCCUACGACGAGACGCAGGACCUGCAGCUGUGCGUCAACGGCUGCCCCACCGCCGAGCGCAUCGACCAGGACGGCCUCCUCCUCCCGCCGCCGCCGCCCGUCCUGGGGCUCCAGCAGCAGCAGCCCGGGUUCCAGCACCAGCAGCACCCCCGGGCCAGCCCCAGCCACGCCGCGCGGCCCGGCGUUGGAGGCUUCACGCCGCAGAGCGCCAUGGCCAAGUGCCAGGAGCAGCUGGAGGUGAAGGACAUCUACUUCCACUCGUGCGUCUUCGACCUCCUCACCACCGGGGACGUCAACUUCACCUCCGCCGCCUACAACGCCCUGAAGGACAUGGAGACGCUACACCCCAAGAGAGAACGCUGGCACAUCUUCCCCCGGGCCAACUCCGGCCCCUCCCCCGCGCCCCUCCUUCAUCACCUACUACUCCUCAUCCUCAUCACGGCCAUGCUUUUGUAGGACUUUUGUGUACAAACUUUUGAGAAGAUUAUAAAUAUAUAUAUAUAUAUAUAUAUAUAUUGUCAUAAUAUAUUGAAGAAGAAACAAAAAAAAGAGACAAAGGAGAUAUAUAUGUAUAUACUGUGUAUAUGAAGGGAGGAUCGAUCCUGGAAGAAAAGACACAUUCCUGACUGUAAAUAUUGUGUACAUUUAAUUUUCAGGAACGCUGGAUGUAGUUUUUUUUUUUUUUUUUGGGUGACUUUUUGUGAUUCUUGUAUACCUCGAAACUGAGGACGUUGUUUAAACAAAGCACUUUAUUUUUUAUUUUCAUUUUAUUUUUAUUAUUUUUUAUUUUUUUUUUGCAAAUACGAAGCAGUGUUCCUUUGGACCCAAGAUGAGGCCGCUCAGAUCUUUGUCUUUUGCUGAGUUUUCCCCCUCUCUGGCUUUAGUGGUUUUGUGAAGUUUUUCGGUGGAUCUGUACAUAGAUGCUCGCACCCUCGAGCCAACUGCUUGGUCACGCGGAACGGUUUCAACAAGAAUGCAAUUUUUCCCCGUGUCCGUGUUGGUAGGGAGAGGGGCAGGACCGUGCUGGCUUGUUGAUAUUCUCUGUACGUCAGCACAUUCACGUUUGCGGUAUCUCUUUAGGAUAUUUUACAUCUGUUGUAUUUAUUAGCCUCAGUGUGUUCAUAAUGCGGUUGAACUCUAGAUUUCAAGUGUUGAAGUUAGGGUACUGGUAAACUCUUUAGAAUUCAUAAUAAACCAACUGAAAGAUCACAGAUUGGAACUAGUGUGCCGCACUCCCGGAUGAAGGGAGUCAUAAUUAUACUGUACAUAUAUGAGUGAUUGUUAAAUAGCUUUCUGGGGAAGCCAUCUUAUGAUUCCAAGCCAGUUAACCAGUUUCAAAAACAAAAGUGAUAUCAUCACAACUGUCAGUCUUACAAGUUAAUAUCAAAUUUUCUUUGAGAGGAAACUGAAGCAUUUAUAGUUAGGCAACAAAGACAGCAUUUAUUGAAGAACUGAGAGUCAGUUGACCUGUAAAGAAUUUCUACUUUCUAGCAAAUUGUUGGAUUGAAGUGAAAAAACAUACUGUCGGUAUGCUAACACUUAACGCCUGCCUUAGCUUUUUUAUUCUUACCUGUGGAUAUUUUGCCAAAACCUUCCAGUUAUAUCAAUACAUCCCACAGGCCUUUUCAGCAGGAGCAGGAAGAAUGAUAGAUGAUGGAUGAAUGACCUGUUUCAUGUUUCUGAAAUAUGAACAUGCAGUAAUGGGCACGUGUGGCUCGGUAUGAUUUUGGGCUAUCUCUAAAAAUAGGACAAGUUCAUCUUAAUUUCUCAAGGGAACAGAAUCACUCUGACAAUGUACGUCAGACUAAGGAAGUGGGGGUGGGGGUGGAAUGACGUCUAUGGUAGGUAUUUUAUACAGCUGAAUUGGUCUUUGGGUGUGGCUGGUGCGAAGGUAUCUUGUUCAUGUUCUGUACAUCUAAUGCAGUUUUUCCCAGUACACAGGGUGCUCUUAAUCCAGGUGACAAAAACUUGCGUAGAGGCCAAACAGACGGUUUUAUCAGAGUGGACUGUGCCAGGAAGCCCUUCUGCUAUUCGCCCAGAGAAGCAAAUGGAAACAGAAGACAGUCCUCUUCAGAGCGCUCCCAUAGAUUCUCUGUCCUCGGUGUGUUUGUUUUCUCCAGCGAUUUGUGAAGGACUCUUAGACAAAUGUACUUCAAGAGCAUGCAGAAAAUUGACCCUGUAGAGUGGGUGAUUUCUGCACUUUCCUGCAUUUGCCUCAUUCUAGGGCUUCUCUUCUGUCAGACAGGUAGACUACCGUGUUUGUUUCCCUUUAUAUUUUCAAUAUUUGAUGUUGUUUACAACCAAAGCCAUUCUCAUCUUCCAGUCCCAUUCACAACCGAACAGCCUGAGGACUCUCGCUUCUUAGAGCACCCUUACACCUUUAAAACUCCCCGUCUGUGUUGCUAUAGCGCCCACGCUCAUCGAAAGCACAAUUAAGGCGGGCGCGUUUGAUGUGCUUCGGCGUACGCCGCCCGUUGCGGAGGAGCGACCUUCCUCGGACACGAUUCGUCCGUUGAGCGUCGUAGCGGGCGGACUCGCGCGCGUUUAACAGCGAGUCCGUUUGAAGGAAGGCGACGUGCGGAACGCCGGGGAUCCCGGAGAAACGGCACAUGAAAGGUUUGCGUCGGACUCGAUUCAUCAUCCCGCGCCGCCGCACCCCCGCGCCACGGCCCGGCAGAAAAUUGAAUUUAAUUUCAACCUCCGGCUGACAUUGAAACCCAUUUGCCUGGGGCAGGUAGAAGGCGAAAUCCUAUGAAAUUGCAUUACGGGGAAUUUGUCCAUCGGUUCAGUUCUCUUGUGAAAGCACUCCAGGUCACGAGGCCUUCACGGGUGGCAUGCACGUAGUCCUUUCUGUUACGAACGGAACGGCAGAAUUUAACACUCCCCGCUCACUCUCUCAACCUUUGAAUCUUGCUACUGUAGAUUAAUUCUUAAUUCCUUGCAACUACUGCAAUUGCCGAAGAGCUGCUACCAUACUGUGACACGUUUUAUAGUCCGUAGACAGAACACUGGGAGUUUUUCACAGGCAGUGGUUUGCGGAACCAUAGAUAUCCCAUAUCCCACAAUGCAUCUUUGGGUGACAUAUCUAUGGCCAGAACAAGGCCUCCGAGUGCAAUUAAUGCAAAAUAAGCCCUCAUCCUGUGUUUUGCCAUGUCAGCAUUUUACUUUGUGAUAUUUUUUGUCGUGUAUGAAUAACCGUUAUCUGUUUUGUGAAGAGUGACUGCUCAAUGUUUAAAUACUUAAAUUAUUUAUAAAUGUAGUGUCCUGUUAGAGGAUAUUAAGCUCCAUAUUCUUGCUGUUGGAAAAAAAUAUUUCAGAUGUGAUUGUACUGCCACCUAGUGGACACCAGUUGUUACGUCAGUGUUUUACUAUUUUACUGGAUGCGGUAAAAAACAUGGAAAAAAAGAAAAAAAAAAUGUGUGCAAGUGUUUUAUUUAAAACAUAAUAAAUGACAAGAACAACA